AUGUUUGGGCAAACCACAAAUUCAAAUCCAUUUGGUGGAUUGGGUUCAAGUAAUACAUCUACAGGUGGAUUAUUUGGUGGAAAAUCUGCUACUUCAACCACAGGUGGUGGAGGAUUAUUUGGUGCUUCAUCUACUUCACAACCACAACAAAAUACAGGUACAAGUGGUGGAUUAUUUGGUAAUUCAUCUACUGGUAAUACAACUGGUGGUGGAUUAUUUGGUGGUAGUCAACCAAAUCAGCAACAACAACAAUCAGGAGGACUAUUUGGAUCAAAUAAUAAUGCAUCUUCAACGACGGGAGGAGGAUUAUUUGGUGCACUGAAUCAACAACAACAACAACAACCAGCUACUGCUGGAGGAUUGUUUGGUGGGCUGAGUCAACAACAAGCAGCUACCGGUGGAGGGUUGUUUGGAGGCCAACAAAAUCAACAACUGCAACAACCCGCUACAGGAGGACUCUUUGGUCAACAAAAUCAACAACAGCAACAGCCAUCUACUGGAGGCUUAUUUGGUGGAUCAUCAAACACAACAAAUAAUACAUCAGGAGGACUUUUUGGAAACAAACCAAGCACGACUACAGGAGGUGGAUUAUUUGGAUCUAGCAGUAGCACAACUCAACCAAGUGGUGGAUUAUUUGGAUCAAGUAAUAAUACAAAUACAGGAGGUGGAUUAUUUGGAGGAAAUACAAGUACAUCAAAUACUCAACAAAGUGGAGGUCUUUUUGGUAAUAAAACUACGACGCAGCCUAGUGGAGGUUUAUCUGGUGCCAAACCUGCAACAACGGGUGGAUUAUUUGGACAAUCUCAACCACAAAAUCAAUUUCAACAACAGCAACAACAACAACAGCUGCAGCAUCAACAACCACAAUUGACAGCAAUGACGAGAGUAGGUGAUUUACCUGACAAUAUAAAGAGUGAAUUACAACAACUAGACAAAUAUAUCAGUACUCAAAAUUUAAUAGCAACUACGUUAAAUUCAGAUAUGCAAAAACAUAAUGAAUUAAUAGAAUCAAUACCGAAAGAUACUCAAUAUUUACAAAAUAAAUUAUUAUCAACAAAACAAGCUUUAAAAUUUGAUACAAAUCAAUUAUUGGAUUUAAAAAAUAGAAAUAAUGAAAUAACAGAAGAUAUAACAAAUAUAAUGCAAUUAAUUAUACAAUUAAGUACACCAGGUACAAAAUUAUCAAGUUCAAAUCAAUUAAAUGAAUUUUUUAUAAAAAAGAUUAAAAAAUAUUAUGAAACUGUUAAUAUUUAUGAAGAAACUAUAAAUGAAUUAGAAAUUGUUUUAAAUGGAUUAGAAAAAAAUUGUAAUGAAGGUUUUGGAAAUUUAGAAACUAUUAUAAAAGUAUUGAGAAGUCAAUAUUCUUUAUUUAUGGAUCUUUGUGAAACAAUGGCUCAAUUAAAUGAUGAAGUAAAUAGGUUAAUUAAGUAG